AUGGAUACCAAUUCAAAAGACAAGGAGCUCCUUGAAAUCAAGGACAAAGAAUCUGCUAUUAACACUGCUGAAAAUACUUCUUUCAUUCUGGGAAAUGAGAAGCUUGCAGUGCCUCAGAAACAUGAAGCAGAAGUGACUUCUAAUCUUUGUAGACAAGAUAUAUUCAAAUCUCCUUUGAACUUUUCUACUGUAACUGUAGAGCAAUUGGGUAUUACACCUGAAAGCUUUGUUAAAAACACUCCAGGAAAGCCAUCAUCCUAUCUUAAGAAAUCUAGACGACGUUCUACGAUUGGUGCUCGCGGCUCUCCUGAAACAAACCAUUUGAUUUGUUUCAUUGCACAGCAGCGAAAUUUAAAGAAUGCAGAGAAAUCUCCUUUGGCACAAAAUUCCCCUUUUCAGGGCAGCCCUGUACUGUAUCGAAAUGUUAAUUCAUUAAGAGAGCGAAUAUCUGCCUUCCAGUCUGCUUUUCACUCCAUAAAGGAAAAUGAGAAAAUGGCUGACUGUCCGGAAUUCUCAGAGGAAGAGAGAGCGUUUGAGACUACAGACUUCAAUUUUAGAGAAUGGCAACAGACUGGAUUCUCUGUGAAGUUAUCAUCCAAACGUCGGAGAAUAUCCUAUCAGAGCAACUCUAAUGAAAAUCUGAUUGAUGCUGGAAAAAAGGGAAUUAAUCUCCAGUUAGUCAGCACUGAUACUUUCCCCGGUACAGACAGAACAUGCACUGUUCAAACGUCACCUGUAGAUCUUUCUGAGAAAUCUUCUUCUGGACCUGGUUUAACACAGGCUGGAUGUUUAGUUGAAGAGUCUGUUCUACCUUCAGAUCUCACAGAGGCUUCAAGUGGAAUCAAGGUUGCUGACUAUGAAGAGGACAAAGGGUCAAAUGAUGCUGUUUCACAGAAAAGUUGGUUGGAGGACAAAUUGACAGAAGCAGCAAGCAUAGACGCAGUUCCUGACAUCAAGUCACCAGUUAUUUCAGGGGGCAAGAAGGGCAUUCCAUCCUCUGAGACCUUUAUACUUCGUUCUGUCCUGAAGAAACCCUCUGUUAAGCUGUUUCCAGAAAGCUUACAGGAACACUGUGACAACCUCUGUGAUGAUGGUACUCCUGCAAGCUUAAUGUCAAAUCUUGGAAAUUACUGCAAAGAACAAAAAACAGAAGAGCAAGAAAAUUGUAAAGUACCAGCCGUUCUAAAUGUAAGGAAGAGGAAGAGAGUUACUUUUGGAGAGGACCUAAGUCCUGAAGUGUUUGAUGAAUCCUUACCAGCAAAUACUCCAUUGCGAAAAGGAGGAACGCCUGUUCGUAAAAAGGAUUCAAGUAGUCCCAGUCCUCUGCAACUUGAGUACUCACCAGUUCCUGAGCAGUUACCACAACCAAAUUUUGAUGACAAGGGAGAGAAUCUUGAAAACAUCGAACCACAUCAGGUAUCAUUUGCAGUUCUGAGUCCUGCUAGUAAAUCUUCAAUCUCUGAGACUCUUUCAGGUACUGAUACCUUUAGCUCUUCAAAUAACCAGGAGAAUAUGCUCUCCUGUAAUGUUGGCAGAAUAACACGUACCUCCAACAGAAGAAAUCAAUUGACUAGUUUAGCAGAAGAAAGUGUUUGCAACUUAUUUAAUACCAAAGCCCAGCAUUGUAAAGAAACGAAAAUUAAUAGGAGAAAGUCUCAAGAAACUAACCACACCAACAGAACGCUUCCUAAAAAGAAUCAGGUUUUAAAAAGUGGCAGAAAGAAGAAAGGAAAGGGAAAGCAGAAUGUUAAGAAAUCUUUAUAUGGGGAAAGAGAAAUUGCUUCCAAGAAACCUCUCCUAAGUCCUAUUCCUGAGAUCCCCGAGAUCUCUGAGAUGACGCCUUCAUUUCCUGGCAUCCGAAGGAUCUACUCAGAUAAUUUCAACUCAAAUGGCAAACUUGAGGAAGUGCUGAAGCCUCCUAAAAAUCUGACUAAAAGAAAGACUCUUUUGCCUCAGAUCCCAGAAGGUUUGCAUAUGAAUCAAAGUUUUGAUAAGUGUGAUAUAUCUGAAUUCUGCAACUCUUACAUAAAAAGUUCCUCAUUGCUUGACACUGCCCCUUCUGACCAAAGUUCAAAUAUAAACACUGUAGAAGUUAAUGAAAAUGAAAGUAUUCCAAAAGCAGAAAAUAAAUUAGAAGGUGAAAAUGAGCUAAACACUGGGCGUGAGGAUGAAAACCAUUGUAUUUCUUGUGCUUCUGUGACUGAAGAAUAUAUUUUAUCAGCUCAUCCAGAACCGAAUUUUAUCCUGCACUUCCAGGAGUUUUCUCCUGCUGGUCAAAAUGUGAAAAACCUUUGUCAAGUCUUUAAAAUUUCAGAAGAUAUAAGCACAAAGUGUGAACAACAGGAUGAUUUCUUAGUAGCUGCUGAGGGAAAACGUAACUCCAGUCAUUUAAUGUCUGACUCAGAAAAAGAAGAUGUCUUCACUGAAAACGCAAAAGAAAUGAAAGGUCAGUGUGAGGAUUUGGGAAGAAAAUCCACAGAAUGUAGUGAAAUGACUUGUAAAGAAAGGAAACAUAGAAGACGCUCUAUGUAUUAUCCUGAUGGUCAAAGUUUACAUUUGGAAAAAAACGAAUAUCACAAAAAUGCCAACAAGGUGAGCAGCUCUGUAGAAAUUGAUUUAGAAAAUUCUGAACUAUGUAAAGACUUAUCUGAUGCCAUAGAGCAAACCUUUAAGAGAACAAAUAAUGAAACAAAAGUGAGACGUAGCACAAGGUUACAAAAAGAUUUGGAAAAUGAAGGACUUAUAUGGAUUUCACUUCCUUUUCCUUCCACUUCCUGCACUUCUCAAAAAACUAAAAGGAGAACAAUAUGUGCAGUUGACAGCAAAAGAUUUGAAAGUUUGCCCUCCAGAAAAGAAACUCUGUCCUCCAGACAAAAGCCAGAUAUGCCAUCCUCUGUAUCAGAUGAAGAAAACAGUGAGGAUUCGACUGCUAAUUCUGCUAAUUUACUUAGGAAGAGAAGGAUGAGUUUUUGUACAUCUGUACUUACAAAUACUAAAAGUGCUACUCAGUCAGAAUACGCCAGAAGAAGAUCUUUCCUCAACCAGAAGGACUAA